AUGGAAUCUGUUUCUAACAACGAGUAUGCAGCUACAAGUUCUCAAACUCAAAUUGGAAGUACCAAUUACAUUAGAGGACGAGAAUUGCUUACCCACUUUGCCAACCUCACUAACCAAGACCGUCGCAAGACCAUCGUCCAGAAUAGAUCUUCGCCUGAGUCAUCGUCCUCCCCAAAUUCUGCCUCAAUGUACUCUCAGUCCGGCUCAAACCCCAUCGGAAGCAGUGGCGGUAGUAAUAAUAAUAACAGUGAAGAUCUGCGUGCAUGUUCCGAGAUCUAUUCAGCUAUUCUGAGCAGUCAGCAAAGCGGUAGCGGCAUCGAUGACCGUCACAGAUUGCGACCCGUGUCCUUUAGUUCACCUACAAGACAUCUUAGUGAACCUGCUACUGCAGCUGUCAGGCGAUCUCCUAAUGGCGUGCUCAAUGCUCUGCGUAAUGGUGCCUCUGUGGAUGUUCGAAGGCAGGAUAAGGAACAGCAAUUUAUGGCUACAGAGGAUCCAUCAGAUCGAACUCCGCGUUCCUGCCGCACCUCCCCUUCUAUCCCAACGAAGUCGUCCCUCCACCACCAUCAGCAGCAGCAGCAGCAGCAUUAUCACCAUCACUCUCAAUUAGACCCCAUGUCCUCCUCUUCGCCCAACUCCUCUCUCAAUGGCCUCGACCACCACCAAUCGACGUCCUCCGCCCUAUCUCCCCCGGCAUUGGUGCCGUCACCAGCUGUGUUUUCGUUAACUCAAUCUGAACUGCAGGAGCUUAUGCGUAAAACCAGCGCCACAAUUCCGGCCGUGAUUUCGGCUGAGGAAAUAAAAAAGGCCAACAACUCGAGCCAGUUGUACCUCCUCGUGCCCAGCAACUAUCCCGUCAUAAUGACCUGCUCGACAGUGGGCAGUGGCGGCGUGCACCAAUCCGACGCCAGCGGAGACAGGGCCUCGGUGACAGCCACCACAACUACUACAACGGCGGCAAUUUUAGGCGAAUCGCUAGCCGCAGUAACCGAUGGCAACCAGCGCGCACUAUUGGAGCGAUUUCAGCUGUCAUCCGCCACCGCCUCGCCCCGCCCCCCUUCACCGCAGGCCUCCUCCGAGCAGGUCACUGUCUCCUCGUUGAGGGCGCCUCGGAAGAAUAGCACCAACAUUCCUCCCAUGCUGCUGCAGUCUUUGAAGGACGUUGUUCCAUCGCUCGCUCUCAGAGGCUUGGACAUUCUCGAUGGCAGCGGUAGCACGGCAGCCACCGGUUCUGCCGGUGGUGGCGGCGGUGGGAACACCCUCCCUCACCUGUCCUCCCUUGCUCUGGCCUACGGGUUUUCUCCGGGUGAGACGAAUCCCUCAUCUACCACCGCCCCAAGUGUAGUCAAUUUAGACGACCACCUCACUUCUCGUUCCCCCGGCAAGAAAGGCUCCCUACACCCACCUCCCCCCUUGGAGCCAGCAUCCCUGAUCAUCUCCCCAUCUCACGGCGUGUCUCCGGACCUCGCGUCCCGCGGACCUCUUCUUCUCGAGGACUACCGCGGUGCCGAGAUGAAGAUCAAACCGCCACCACCUGCCGACACUGGAAUUUGCUCUGACGGCCUAUUGAGCGCCGACUCCAAUGGCAGCCGCAAUGUGGAAGUGACGGCGGCGGCUGUGGCGGCUGCGGCUGCGGCUGCGACCUUGCAAACCGACAGUCCCGUCUCUUGCCUGGUGACGGUUGGCCGUUCAAGCUUCUCGCAAGUCAGCAUGACUGGUUUUUCAUUGGCACUUUUUUUCCUCGACUGUUAUCCAGUUGCCGUCACCAUCGAUUGCUGUAAAACUCUACGUUUUUCCGGUAAUCCUACUCUCCGCUCCCCUGUUUCUCGUCUCGCAAUUGCCUUUACUUUCAUCAAGACGCAUCUAGCUCACCCGUCGUCUUUUAUUUGUGGUCGGCCGUGUUUCGAGUUAGCUGAGGAGUCCCGAAAUUAUCCAGUCUUCUUCCCCUCAAACGAGUCUCCGCCAACACGGAAUUACAUGGGCCGAAUGGGCGGCGGCGGCGGCGGUGUCGGAGGCAGCCAAGGCAAUCAAAGCGGUGGAAACGGCGACUCCAAGGACAUCCGGCGCCGAGUUAGCCAUAACGAAGUUGAGCGGCGACGAAGGGACCGGAUCAACACGUGGAUCGCCGAACUGUACAAACUCCUGCCCCCCGAACAGCAGGCGAAAUCGCAAUACCAAAGCAAGGGCGUUGUCCUUAAGCGUGUCUGUGAAUACUUUCAGAAUUACGACGCCAACAUGAAGACGGUAAGCCUCUUGCACGACCACGACCUCUCCAGCCUCCUUGUGCAGCCCACUGACUUCAAUGAACCCGAUCAACUUCGCCUUGCAUUGCUUAAGUCUUCUUUUUUUACUUCAAUACUUCCCUCAGCACUGCGUGAGCAGAACGCAGUCUUCAAGCAGGAGAUUUGUCGACUGACUCGCGAGAACCACAUCCUCCGGAACAGUCUGAAUGUGCAUUUCCAACAGCAGCCACCACCACCGCAGCAGCAGCAGCAGCAAAUGCCCACCCAGGUUGCCGCAGACGAGUCUCCCGGGGUCGUCGUCUCGUCGGGUCUCGCCAACCCCGCCACAGCGCAGCCACCGCAGCCAUCACAUACCAAAACCAGUGACCACAUCCUCCCGUCACCGCCCAAGCGCCCCCACUUCACCUCGGAGUAG